AUGCACGUAGUCGACCCUAAGACAUUUCCUCUGGACAAGAAUGCCGCGUACCAACCGUCUCCGCACACCAUCCACGACGCCCAUCAGUUUCUCGGGGCUCUCGGGAUUCAGAAGAUGGUCAUUGUACAGCCCAGCAUCUACGGAAACGACAAUUCAUGUACCCUCGACGGCCUGAAGCAACUCGGCCCCAAGAAUGGGCGCGCAAUCAUUCAAUUCGAUCCCGCCGAUACCUCCUCCGCUCAGCUUCAGGAGUGGCACAAUCUCGGCGUGCGAGGCGUACGUCUCAACUUCAAAAGCGUCGGCGUUCGGCCGGAGGGCGCAUCGUUCGCGGCCAUGGUGCACAAGUACGCCGACGCCGUGCGGCCCUUCGGCUGGGUCCUGGCCUUCUACAUUGGCAUGGAGGAUUUGCACCUGUUGGAGCACGUCGUGCCGGAUCUCGGAGGCAUCAAGGUCUGCAUUGACCACUUUGCCCAUCCGUCUGCAGUCUCGCUCGCGACGGCGCAAUCGAGUGAUGUCCUUCCCGGCUUCGCGUCGCUGGUCAAUCUGCUUGCAAUGAACAACGUGUGGGUCAAAGUCUCGGCUGCCUAUCGACUGGAUCGUGAUGCCUUCCAUCCGCUCGUGCAGUCGCUCGCUCGCUGGCUACUGCGCACGAGGCCGGAUCGAUGCGUCUUUGCUACCGACUGGCCGCACACGAGAUUCGAAGAUGUCGAUGUGUCCGUCUACUUGGAGCAGCUGUUCCACUGGUGCGACGAGGAGAAUGUGCCACUGAAGCAAGUUCUGGUGGACAACGCGGAGGAGUUGUUCGACGUCGAAUAG